CCCCCAAAAUAUGCAUAUAUGAAAAAAAGCCAAAAAAAUUUUUUUAAAAAGGAGCCGUCACUGACAGGGAAUCUUAACUAGAGAAAGAAACAGGACCAAACUGGCGGGCUUGGCGGAAGCGGAGCUGGCAGCGUCCCGGACGAGAAGGUACCCCAAAACUUUUGUUCCUAUGCAUAAAGAUGUCUUUGGUGGACUUGGGGAAGAGGUUGUUAGAAGCAGCAAGAAAAGGCCAAGAUGACGAAGUAAGAACAUUGAUGGCAAAUGGUGCCCCAUUCACCACAGACUGGCUUGGAACAUCGCCCCUCCACCUUGCAGCCCAGUAUGGCCAUUAUUCCACAGCAGAAGUGCUCCUUCGUGCAGGUGUUAGCAGGGAUGCCAGAACCAAAGUGGAUAGGACUCCUCUGCACAUGGCUGCUGCUGAUGGACAUGCCCACAUCGUGGAACUGCUUGUCAGGAAUGGUGCAGAUGUUAACGCCAAGGACAUGCUGAAGAUGACAGCUUUACAUUGGGCUACAGAGCACCACCAUCGAGAUGUUGUAGAGUUACUUAUCAAGUAUGGAGCUGACGUCCACGCUUUCAGCAAAUUUGAUAAAUCUGCCUUUGACAUAGCGCUGGAGAACAACAAUGCUGAGAUUUUGGUCAUCCUCCAGGAAGCAAUGCAGAAUCAGGUGAAUGCUAACCCAGAGAGAGCCAACCCUGUGACUAACCCUGUGACUGUGGCUGCUCCAUUCAUUUUCACCUCAGGAGAGGUGGUUAACCUCGCUAGUCUUGUUUCUUCAACCAACACCAAAACAACCUCAGGUGACCCCCAUGCCUCAACAGUACAAUUCUCAAAUCCUACCACCUCAGUGCUGGCCACCCUUGCAGCUCUUGCUGAGGCAUCGGCCCCUCUCUCCAACUCACACAGAGUCACAGCUAAUUCAGAGGAGCUCAUAGAGGGAAAUUCUGUUGAUUCAUCAAUCCAUCAAGUAGUGGACAGUGGAGGCCAGAGAGUCAUCACCAUCGUGACGGAUGGAGUUCCUCUGGGUAAUAUCCAAACUGCAAUUCCUGCUGGAGGCAUUGGCCAGCCAUUUAUUGUAACUGUGCAGGAUGGACAUCAAGUUCUAACUGUACCUGCUGGUCAGGUUGCAGAGGAAACUAUAAUUGAAGAGGAAGAGGAAGAAGAGGCAGUGAAGUUGCCAUUGACAAAGAGAGCAAGGAUGGAAGAAAUAACAAACACUGGGGAAGAAAGCAAGGAAGGCAACGAAAGAGAAUUACUACAGCAGCAACUCCAGGAGGCCAAUCGAAGAGCUCAGGAAUACCGACACCAGCUCCUAAAGAAAGAGCAGGAGGCAGAACAGUACCGCCUUAAACUAGAGGCUAUGGCCCAACACCAGCCUAAUGGAGUUGAUUUCACCAUGGUUGAAGAGAUAGCUGAGGUGGACACUGUAGUAGUAACAGAGGGGGAGGUGGAAGAAAGAGAAACAGAAGUCAGGAGUUCAGGAGGCACCACAGAGACUAACAUUGGAGUUUCCAUAGAAACUGUUUCAUCUUAACAUGCAGGGGCCACAACUUGCACUGAGUACAUCUUAUUCCUCUUAAGAAGAAAAUGCAAAGACAAACAUAUAAAAAUUAAAAAUGUCCUUAAGAAAACUAUAGGAGGAUACGAUGCUUGGGCCCAAGAAGGCUCUGCAUGCAACUGGAGAAUCCAAAGCCAUGUUCAGGGAACACUUCUAAGGGACCUAAAGAAUAAGGACCAAGGGCUGGGAAUAUGGCCUAGUG